CUUUGGAUAUACAGCAUUUUGGUUUUUUCGUAUCCUAAUUCUAUCCCUCCUAUCCUACACCAUACAUUCUAUUCUUUACGCAAUUGCCGUAUCCUUAGUACAUGAUGAGCAACGAUUCCCAGCUCCCCAACCCCCCGCAUAUACAAGCCGACUCCAUGCUGGCCCGACGGUUCGGAAGGGAGACUGUGAACUAUUUCUCCAGCUCCCCCUUGAACCGUCUGUCAUUCCUCCGCACAGACCAUGCCUUCCUCUCCGCCGCGCUCAAGCACCCCUCUACACGCUUCGUCCUCAUGAAGGACCUCGCGCCGUUGACCAAAUCUCCCGCGGAGCCCUACUAUGCCAAAUACGAUGAGAUCCGCAAGAUGGUCUCCGAGUCUAUCUACGACAAGUCCGAGGAGGACAUCAUCAAGGAGUACGACUCGCGCAAAACCACCGCAUCCCCAAUCUUCCUCGGUCUGGACGAAACCCAGAAGGAGGACGGUCUUGUCUGGAAGAUCUACGCCGGAACACCCUACUUCGCACUGGACGUGACUCCGCGCCACUCCGAAGAGCAGCAAGCCAACUCCAGGGCCGUGAUCAGCGACAUGGAAGCCAAGGGUCUGACCUUCCUCCAAGGAAGAACUAUCAUGUCAUUCCCCGCCAGUGAAGCCGCCAUCUACGCCCAAGCCCGCGCCCUGAUAGACUGGAACACCCGCAACACCUUCUGCGGCACCUGCGGCCACCCGACGAUCUCCGUAAACAGCGGGACCAAACGCGCCUGUCCACCCAGCGACGCUGCCCUCGUAGAGCAAGGCAAACCCGCCACCCGACCCCCCUGCAACACCCGCACCACGAUAUCAAACCUUUCCUUCCCUCGCACCGACCCCACCAUCAUCGUGGUCGUCGUCUCAGCAGACGCCAAACGCAUCCUCCUCGGCCGCUCCAAGCGCUUCCCGCCCAAUUGGUACUCCACCCUGGCGGGGUUCAUUGAGCCCGCCGAGUCUGUCGAAGACGCCGUCCGCCGCGAAGUUUGGGAAGAAGCCGGCGUCACGUUGUCGCGCGUCGUGAUCCACUCGUCGCAGCCGUGGCCGUACCCGGCCAACUUGAUGAUCGGGGCUAUUGCGCAGGUGAGUGAUCCUGCGCAUGAGAAGAUCAACCUUGAGCAUGAUCCGGAGCUUGAGGAUGCGAGGUGGUUUGAGUUUGCCGAGGUGGAGGAGGCGCUGAGGACGGGCACGAGUGUCUUGGGCUCUGGGCCGGGGCCAGAGUAUAAGGAGGGGGCGUUGAGGUUGCCGCCGGCGACGGCUAUUGCCAAUCAGCUUAUUCGGGCGGCGAUCAAUUUGGAGUUUUUGGGUGGGGAGAAUGGGCCAAAGAUGUAGAGCGGGACUUAGAGGAUAGAAAGUACUACUAGGGUCGAGGGUGGAGUAGAGGUGUGGGUUGGGGAUAGCGUUUAUGGUGGGUUGGUGUUUCGUUUUUGCCGUAUUGUUAUCAUUCUGUAUGGGUUAUGAAGACACGGACGGUAUGCUAGUAUAGACGUGCGAGUAAGAUUUUAUGAAUAGAGACAGUUGCUCUGAUUA